AUGGAGGGGGAGAUGAAAAACUUCGUACUUGUAUGGACAACAGUCCUGGCAUCUCUCCUUUUCUGCCACAAAAUAAGUAAAGUUAUAGCACCAGGUACAACACGUCUUUUAGCAUUCAUCCCUGUCUUCUGCAUCUUCAUCUACCUCUCUCUCCUCCUUACUGCUGUUAAUCUCACCAGUCCUACCUCUUUCUUCGAAACAUGGCUUGCAAACUUCAAAUUGAUGUUGUUUGCGUUUGAUAAAGGUCCUUUGUUCUCAAAUCCACCCCUCCCUUUGUUCAAAUUCAUCAUCACUGCUUCCGACGAAUCUCAAGCAGGUGGAGCUUCGAAAAAGGGAAAGAAAUCGCCGAUCAAUUACGCCGUCAAGUUUAUGGUGCUUGUUUUGUUGCUGAAGAUUUAUGAAUAUGGAGGCCAGCUACACCCUCUGAUGAAAAUGGCUCUGUUUUGUGUUCAUAUUUAUGUGGUUCUAGAUGUGGGUUUAGCCAUGGUUGCGUAUUUAGCUCGAGCAAUUGUUGGUUUCGAGCUCGAACCACAGUUUGAUGAGCCGUAUCUGGCUACAUCUCUACAAGAUUUUUGGGGAAAGAGAUGGAAUCUAAUGGUUACAAGUAUACUACAUCCAACGGUGUACCUUCCCGUCCGAUCAAUUUCCGGUAGGUUUCUAUCGAGAGAUUUAGCUUCGCUUCCGGCGGUAACGGCCACGUUUAUCGUCUCCGGUUUGAUGCACGAGUUAAUAUUUUAUUACCUUGGACGACUGAAACCCACAUGGGAAGUCACAUGGUUCUUCGUGAUUCACGGCGUGUUGGUGAGUAUGGAGUUGGUGGUUAAAAGGGCGGUGGGUGAAAGAUUAUGUCUGCCGCCGGUGGUUUCCGCUCCGCUGGCGUUGGGUGUGGUGAUGGCCACCAGCUUCUGGUUAUUCUUUCCGCCGUUCUUGCGGUGUGAGACGGAACUCCGGUCGUGUAAAGAAUUGGCUGCGUUCAUGGAACUUGUUGUUCGUGGAAGAUUUGUUGGUCCAAAUGACAUAUCUUGCCCGUACUAUUGAAUCUAAACCUUCCAAAGAUAGAAGGGUAUAUAAGAC